CCCGAUCCUCCGCGCUCGCCGCGCUUCUCGGCGGAGCAGGUCUCGUGCGUGUGCGAGGCGCUGCUGCAGGCGGGCGACCCCGGCCGGCUGGGCCGCUUCCUGGGCUCGCUGCCGCCCGACGCCGAGGCGCCGUGCCUGGAGGCGCAGGCGGGCGAGAGCCUGGCCAAGGCGCGCGCGCUGCUGGCCUUCCAGCGCGGCGACUUCGCCGAGCUGUACCGCCUGGUGCAGAGCCGGCCCUUCGGCGCGCCGCACCACCCGUUCCUGCAGGACCUGUACCUGCGCGCUCGCUACCGGGAGGCCGAAGCUGCCCGGGGCCGGGCUCUGGGCGCCGUCGACAAGUACCGGCUGCGCAAGAAGUUCCCGCUGCCCAGCACCAUCUGGGACGGCGAGGAGACGGUGUACUGCUUCAAGCGGCGCUCCCGGGCAGCCCUGCGCGACUCGUACGGGCGCAGCCGCUACCCGAGCCCCGAGCAGAAGCGGCGCCUGGCCCAGGACACCGGCCUGUCGCUCACCCAGGUCAGCAACUGGUUCAAGAACCGACGGCAGCGCGACCGCAGCGGAGGAGGAGGCGGAGCCGGGGGAGGAGGCGCCGGCACGCCCAGCAAAAGCGAGUCAGACGGGAACCCCAGCACGGAGGACGAGUCCAGCCACGGCACCGAAGAAACCGAAACGUCCAUGGGGAUUUCCGCGACCCCCGAAGGGAUGCCCACCCCCAACAGCCUGUUCCUGCCAGCCGCUUGCACCAGCGCCUCUUCCAUCCUCCUCAACGGCAACUUUAUCACCGCUAGCUCCCCGACCAUGCUGCUGAACGGCGGCUCCGUCAUCCAGACCCCCGGCGGAGGCGUCAUCCUGAACGGCUUGGCUCUGGGCGACAACCAGACCAUCACCCUCAGCCCCGUGGCAGCGCCCAGCCCGCCCAUCCUCCUCAACGGAUCCAGCCCCCUGCUGGGCGGCAAGCCCCCAUGCCCACCAGGCGGCCAGGAGGCCUCCAAGGCUCUCCAGGAGCCCCUUGCCCCAGCCACCGUCAUUCUCAGCCCGGCUGCCGCGCUUCAGGGGGAAGUGAAGUCGGAAGCGGCAGAGGCCCUGGCGUUUGGUGUCGAGGUCAAGCUGGAAGAGGGGCAGGUGUCCGUCCCACCCCUGUUGCCCGUCCCCGACGCCACCACGCUCCUCUCCAACCACAAGGGGCCCCUGCUGGCGGCUGUUGCCAUGCCGCAAGUGGUCCCAUCAAACGACGAGACCCCCACGGCUGCGCAGCAGCUGCCCCCAGCGCCUCAGCCAUCAGCCACAUCUAGUCCUCAGAUGGUUCCUCUAGCCAAGUUGGCCCCCGGUGCCCAAGCCCUGCCAGCUCCCCAGGUGACCGCAGCCACGGUCGGUGGGCAGGUGGCCCAGUCUUCCCAGACUACCACAGCCACGCCGCUGCUUUCCAUGCCAGGCCCCUCGCCGCCCCAGGCCGCUGUUCUCCACGUCCCUGCCCCAUCCCUGGUCCCCAUCACUCAAGUCUCACCCCCUUCCCAGGUGGUGCCGCUCUCCCAGCCCGUCUCUGGGACCCAGGUGCUCUCCCCGUCCCAAAUGGUGCCUGUGUCCCCGACGCAGAUCUACGCCGUCCCGCAGGGGGCAUCUGCCCCCCAGCUCGUCUCGCUCCCCCAAGUGGCCCAGGGCUCCCAGAUUAUCUCUCUGCCCCAAGUUGUGCCCACCUCGCAGGUGGUCACCCUGCAGCAGGGCAUGGGCAGCCCCAUCCAAAUCCUGACCACCGGCGGCACCCCCAUCAAAGUGGGGGCCAUGGCAGGGGCGCCGCAGGUGGCCGUGUCGGCGGGAGGAAGCCUUGGCCAGAGCAAUGUGCACCUCAUCAACGCCAACGUGGGCAUGACCACGCUGCAGAUCCCGGGCACCGCGCCAGGCAACAUCCUCCUGACCAACCCGGCAACAGGGAGCAGCACCAUCGUCACCGGAAUGGCUCUGCAACAGGGGAAACUGAUCCUGACGGCCACCUUCCCGGCUGGCAUGCUGAUGACGCCCAUCCUCUCAGCCCAGGCCGCCCCGACUCUGGCCCUGCCCAUCAAGCAGGAAGUGGCGGCCGUGAUGGCGCCGGCAACUCUGGGGAGCGGCGAAGGCGGCAGCGUGUUGCUCUCGGGGGGUGCUUCCGUGCUCCCUCCUGGAGUCUCCCCGCUCUCGGCGGCCGACAGCACCGGGCCAGCUGACUUGGCUUUCGGCACGGACUCCGGCCAAGCCGGCCUCCUUUCAAACUUCUCCCAGCCAGACGGCCUGGCCAUGUCUCAGCAGCAGGUGGUUUGGCCCAGCUCGGUGGGCAUGGACCUCCAAGGGACCGGCGCCGAGGGGCUGUUUGAGAUGGACAAGAACUCUAUGGAGGUGCAGGGCGGACUUCUACGUCUCCCGGAGGGAGAGGGCCUCUUGCUGGACGCCUCUGGGGGAGACCCGAUGGGCCCCGAGGCUCUGGACUCGGAAGAGAAGGUGCUAACCCAGCUGCAGUCUGUGCCGGUGGAGGAGCCUCUGGAUUUGUAAGCACCCGCGAGCUGUUUCGCAGAGUCCUCGCCUGCCCACGGAACGAUAUUUUAAACCUGCUAUCCUUGGUCCCCACCUGGUCCAGACAGGAUGCUACAAGUGCCUUGAAAAGGGAAACCUGGGUGAGCCCCUGCAGUCUGUGCUGCUGCUGCAGCACUUUUUUUUUUGCAAACACUACAGAAGGAAAAAACACAGCACUGGGACACCGCUGACCCCGUUAUCCGGUGUGUACAACUGCCUGUUCAGCAACCCCAGUGCCACCUUGUGGCCGCCAGUCGAACAGCAAGCACUAACUUCCCCUUGGAGGUGUUGCCCAUUCACUUUGUUUCUUUCCUCCUUCCCCAGCCCUCCUAAAACUCAGGCACAGAGUUGAGGGCGUUUUCUACCUUCAUGGCCUUCCUGCCUUUUUUUAAGAAACCUACCUUACAUCUAGCAAGUUGCUUGGAAAGCUAGAGAUUUUUGUUGAUACUGGGGCAGGGAGCACAUCAUAUAGACCAGGCACCCCCAAACUUGGCCCUCCGGCUGUUUUGGGACUACAAUCCCCAUCAUCGCUGACCACUGGUCCUGUUAGCUAGGGAUGAUGGGAGUUGUAGUCCCAAAACAGCUGGAGGGCCGAGUUUGGGGAUGCCUGAUACAGACUGCCCUUUGUCCACCUGGCAUCCCUGAGAGGGGGCUGAUGGGAGUUGUAGUCCAAAACAGGUCAACUGACUUACACCACAAGGAGAGCCUUCCUCUCCCCUCAUCUAUGGUGCUAGGGAACGGGUCCAGCUGCUAGUCUGAGCCCAAGUCCCAUUUCGGAGGGGCAGGAAGGACAUCCAAGGUCCCAGUGCUGGUCUCCUGUUCCAGUUAGGCUUGUACUCUUUCCCAGGGUGGGGAGGCUAUUGUCAUUUGAAUCAUAGAGUUGGACUAGACCACAAGGGCCAUCGAGUCCAACCCCCUGCCAAGCAGGAAACACCAUUUGAGCUUGGCUUCUCGCUGGCUUUUAGUCUUGCAGCGCUGUCCUAGAGAGGUGAACUGUCCUAUUCCAAAGUCAAACGCUUUGGCGCUAGAAAACAAUGCAGACAUUGUUCCAGUCCUCCAGGGCAGAGAGAAGCCUGGCUAGAAUGUCUCCCCUGGACCCAUCUUUUGUCUAUGGAAUAGCUUUCCGGCGUUUUAACUCUGGGCUGAUCUCCGCUGCUCUGGGCGGGAACAGCGUAAGAAGCACAUUUGUUAAUUGUGGGAUUGGAUCCUGCAGCAGUUAGUCCUGCCAUUAAAGGCACAUGGGAGCAGGUGUCAGGUGUGGAUAUACAGUCUCUUAAGCCACUGUAAAAAUUAGCUUUAGCUGCACCUUGAGAUCCCCUGUGUUGGGGGGUUGGGAGCAGAAGCCACACAUUAAUCUGGGAUGCUCAAGGUUGGGGGUCAAUCCAUUUUGAAAGAUAGAAAUGUCAUGCAAUGGGGCCAGACUGAGCAUUACCCCCUUAAAAUACCAUUUGCUUUGAAAACUCGAGUUUCCUCCCAAACUUUCCCUGGGGCUGUUUCCUCCGAAUGCUAAAAUCAGCAAGUGGUCUCCCUUUUUUAUUUUUAGACAGAAGAAAUUAUAUAUAAAUAUAUUUAAUAAUGUAUUUUUUAGAAGAAAGGUCAUUUAAAAAUCAAUUCUUUCCCCUUAUUUUUCUAUAAGCCGGUGGGAUCUCUCCUUCCCAUAUAUUUAACAGUUUCCUUGUGAUCUUGAGGGGAGAAUUUUUCUUUUCUUUUUGCCGUUUUCCAAAACCUUUUCUCACACUGCACCCAGGUUGCUGGUGGCAAACUUUAAGACCGUGAGCAAAGUACGAGAUCCAAGACCCUUGUGCGGGGAUUGAGGAAUCUUCCAUAAGUGAAAAGGCCUCCAUCCAUAGAGCUGCUUUGGAGUGAGGUGGGGGGGACAGGACACAACUGUGUUCCUUCCAGAUACCCAUACUAUGUCAGGGUGGGGUCUGUAGCAGAAUGCAUUGCAAAUAGCCCCACAUCCAGUUCCCAGGCAAGGCUAGGGGAAACCUCUGUCUGUAGCCCUGGAGAGCCAGUCAGUGGAGACCAGCCUUUGCAAACAAAUGCUUUUGGACUACAACUCCCAUCAGCCCUUGCCAGUACAGCCAGUGGUCAGGGAUGAUGGGCAGUUGUAGUCCAGUAAGACCUGGAAGGCUGUUCUUGGUCAGAAUUAGCCUAAGGCAGCUCCCUGGCUUUUUAGCAUUAGAUAACAGUGCAGGGAGUUAAAUGUAAAGGUAAAGGUACCCCUGCCUGUACGGGCCAGUCGUGACUGACUCUGGGGUUGCGUGCUCAUCUCGCUUAAGAGGCC